AGGCAAAGGAAUGGGGAAACGGAGAUGAGGGAAGCUCCGACGUUGCCCUUGACCGACGGCGACCGGUUGUUUGCCCAGAAGUGCCGGGAACUCCAGGGCUUCAUCAGGCCUCUCGCAGAGCUUCUGAACGGGCUGAAGAAAGGUCGCUACGAACGAGGAUUAAGCAGCUUCCAGCGGAGCGUGGCCAUGGACAGGAUUCAGAGGAUAGUUGGAGUCCUGCAAAAGCCAGAAAUGGGGGAGCGAUACCUGGGCACCCUGCUGCAGGUAGAAAUGAUGCUGAAAGUUUGGUUCCCUCAUGUCGCCUUGAACAGUUCCUGUCCUGAUUCCAAUCCAGCAGAGCAUGCACGCAAGCUGGCGAAGCAGUCCCACCCCAAGCCUUCAGCAGUGGACAGCUAUGGAGGAAAGCCCACAGUGCCCAGCGAAGACUCUGCCCAAAGUCCCGCUGUGGAAAAGCUGCACCUCACGGACCCGGCCGCAACCGACGGCAAAGCUGACGCGGUGUGGAGGGAGCAGGCCUGCUUUCUGGCCGACUGGUCUGCCAUGAACUUGACCUGGAUGCACACCUCACCCAUCUGCAACCCGCCACUGGGGCUGGCGAACCUAGGGCACUUGAAUGCUGCUUUCAGCCAGGCCCUGCUCGGACCAAACGCUUGCGGGGUCAUUCUCUUCCUCCACAACAACCUGACAGACCCCGCGCCCUUCUUCCGCUCCACCUCCGUCACUCCAGACAAGAGCUCGCCCGCCUACUGCCACCCCAAGCAACCUCCGGGUACAGGAGCCCCCCCGAGAUGCCAGAGUGUGCCCGGGGCCAUGGAAGCAGGGAGCUACAUGCUUAGCCAGCAUCCGGGCAGCCACUCCAAAUCUUUGCCUCACUUGCCCACCUCCAGCAAGGAACCCAAGCCAGCAGCCGCUUGGACUGGGAAUCGGGAGUCAGAACUGCUGGCUAGGAAAGGGCCCGUGUAUUCCUCUUGAUGCUCGGCUUGAGGCACUUCCCAAAAUGUGUG